AUGGCAAUGUAUGGUUUCGGUUAUGAUCAAGUUAACAACAAGUACAAAGUGCUAAUUACUUAUGAUUUUAUCACCAAACUCCAUACCUUUGGUACUAAAUCUUGGACAACAAUUCAGACUUUCCCGCCUUGUGAACCACCGCUGCAUUGGUGGGAUAGAGUAGGAAAAUUUGUGAGUAGUGGUAGUGGUACUCUUAAUUGGUUGGUUGGAGAAAGAGAUCGUAUUAUUUCCUUUGAUCUGGAGAAGGAGACUUAUGGUGAAGUAUUGCUACCUCUUGCUCACCAUGUGGAUCGUGACCUCCCCAACAAUAUUGAAGUCUUGAACAAUUGUCUUUGUUUGUGUUACUUAAAUGAUAUGCAUUGUGUUCUGUGGUUGAUGAAUAUGUAUGGCAUUCAAGAGUCUUGGACUAAAUUGAUUUUGAUCCCUCGUUGCAAGAUUCCAGGGCCCAUUGGUGUUUUUCUUCACAUUCGCCCCUUGUGCAUUUCAGAAAAUGGCUUAGUUUUGAUGGAGGUGGAUUAUGAUCGUCUCUACUUACAAUUAGUCACGUAUAACGCAUUGAAUGGCAAGUUGGAUUAUCCUAAGAUCAUGAGGCCGGGUAGUUGGCAUUAUAUGCAUAUUUACCAUGAGAGUUCAGUUUCACCAUUGUAG